AUGCAGCUUUCAUCAAUUUUCCUGUCGGCGACUGCCCUAAUCGGUCAAGUAGCCGCGGUUGGUUACCACCUCCAUGGGGGUGGCCCAGCGUCCCUAUAUGGUCCCGCCAGAAUUAAACUAGGCGGCGGCUGGAACACAGGUGUGGUCGGAUUCACCUUCAACCCGAAUUACCCGCCUGCCGAGAUCCGCGUGGAUGAGGAGGGGGACAUUGGGAGCAGGUUCUUUGCCGCGCGCGAGAUCCGCGCCAACUAA